GUCAUUGCUUUUUUCGAGGGCCAUUUUGCAAAUUGCACUUCCCAAAUUCUCUUUACCUUCUCCGACGACGGGAAGCGCCUGAAAUACCAAACAUCAUACAAUCGGAUUUCGAAAAACCCUAAUUCAGCGAAAGUGAGAUCGUCAACUAACCGGGGACUAUGAAGGGAAAUUGGUCGAUCGUCCGUCAGAUUCUUCACCGCCGGUUCUCCACUCUCCGGUCCUCGACACCAUCGUCGCGAUUAUCCACUUCCGUCCGACCGCUUGUUCUGGCCCCAAACUCGAUGUCGUCGCUGAUCGCUAAAAACUCGUUGUUUACUGCCUCCACCAUUGGUCCAUCCAUACAUUUUAACUUCUCCAACACUUCGCUUCCUCGCCGGAGAAGCUUCGGUUCUGAAGCUGGAGGUGAAAAUGGUGUUGUUAUAGUGAAAUCAGAGGAAGAGUUCAUCAAUGCAAUGGGCAAAGCUCAAGAUGGAUCCUUACCGUCGAUCUUCUAUUUCACUGCCGCCUGGUGUGGACCAUGCAGGUUUAUCUCUCCUGUAAUUGUGGAGCUUAGUAAACAGUAUCCCGAUGUAACUACGUAUAAAGUCGACAUUGAUGAGGGUGGGAUUUCGAACACUAUCAGCAAGUUGAAUAUCACGUCUGUGCCAACACUGCAUUUCUUCAAAGGAGGCUCGAAGAAAGGCGAGGUUGUGGGUGCAGAUGUCACGAAGCUGAAGAAUCUCAUGGAACAGCUCUACAAGUGAAGACCCAAUCUGUUCUAGUAAUGAACGUGUUGAAUAGUUGCAGGAUAGUUUGAGACUGUCCAAUCAAAUCAAGGUUAAAAUUUUCUUGCUUCCUUUUUCAACAAUCAGGCUUAUGUAGUUUUCUCCAAAUAAUGAUGAGAUGCUUCAUAUGAUUUAACCGAGGAUCUGAAGGUCGGUAUGCAAAAUACAAUCCUCUGAAUUUAUAUAAUGGUAGAUAUAACAAUCAAAUACA